AUGGUUGACAAGGCAGUGAACAAGGUUCUUAUAAGGGAGUUCAAUGCAGACACUGAUAUUGAAGUGGUGGGGAAGCUCGAGAGGAACUGUGAGCUAGAGUCUAAAAGGGGGGUCUCCAUUUUCACUAACAUGAUGUGUGACCCUUUAUGUAGGAUUAGGUUCUACCCCCUUCAUAUUAUGCUGGUAGCACAGCUGCUCGAAAAUGAGGAGCUUGUCGGAGUGGUUAGAGGAUGCAUCAAGCAUGUGGGGACUGGUUUUGGGGGACAUGUUAUCGGUUGCAUACUAGGCCUUCGAGUCUCUCCCACACACAGGCGGAUGGGAAUUGGAUUCCAAUUGAUGAACUCCGUGGAGGAGUGGCUACUGAGACAUGGAGUGCAGUACACAUUCCUGGCCACCGAGAAGAGCAAUACUGCCUCUACAAAUCUCUUCACUUCCAAAUGCAAUUACAUGAACAUCAGCUCACUAGUCAUAUUCGCGCAACCAAUUUGUUCCUCUGAAAAAUAUAUGCUUCCCCAGAACAUUAAAAUAGAGAAGUUGCAUGUAGACCAGGCAAUUUCUUUGUAUGAAAACAAGCUAACAGGCAAAGACAUGUUUCCUACAGACAUGGAUGUGAUCUUAAAGGAAAAGCUCAGCCUGGGAACAUGGGUGUGUUAUUUUGAAGAACAGGGUUGGAUCAACUUGGACAGUGAGGAAAACAACCACGGAACAAUCACCAAAACUCAUGGCUCUUGGGUCAUCUUUAGCAUAUGGAAUACUUGUGAAGCUUACAAGCUUCAUAUACAAAAGUCACAACCUCUCAGGUAUUUUCAUGAUACCCUGAUCCAUGCAAAAGAGAAAAUCUUCUCCUGGUUGAAAAUGCCUCAGAGUAAUGUCUCAGUUGAAAGCUCCUUCGGCUUUCUCUUCCUCUAUGGGAUUCAUGGGGAGGGAGAGCAGCUUGGUGAGCUCAUGAAACCUGUUUGGAACUUUGCAUUAGGGUUGGGGCAGAAUGCGAAGGGCAGUAAGAUUAUAACUGAGAUGGGGCUAUGUGAUCCUCUCCUUAAGCAUGUCCCAGACAAUCCCAGCAUUUCACGUAUCCAUGAUAUCUGGUAUGCAAAAAGUCUGAGCAGCCACCACCCUGAUGAACAAGAUGCUCUGCUAAUGGAGGGACAUCUGGGAAAUGUGUUUGUUGAUCCAAGGGAAUUCUAG